UAUUUCGUGUCGGUCAGUGGUGUCGGCCAAGUUACGAGGUUCAUAGUCUGUGAACGCGACACGUCAAGCAAGCAGGGUGAAUAUUCUGAGCGCUAGGGACAGCAAGUUCGACAACUAGCGCCAGCGGCGAGCCUUGGAACUACGCGUGGCGGCCAAGCGGCGAACAUCGGCGGCCAUUCUGACGGUUUACUUUUUUCACUUGUCAAAAAUUUUCUCGUUGGAUUCAACAACUUUGCGUCGAAGUUAAUUUAUUAGUUUUUGCGAUUUAAAUCAUUGAAAAAGUAACUUAUAUUGUGUAAAUUUGUUCAGAACUUAAGUAUUUGUGUUAUAACCAAAGAUUUAACUGUGUUCUGUUGUUUGUAAAUAAGUAAAAAUGGAGAAGUUACAAGAGCUUGUGUCAAGAAGGCGUUACACAAAAGAUCUCCUAACAUCGAGAGCCUACCAAAUGGAGAGAGACACCGCCAUGGACCCUACCGUGGAGGACCUGCUCAAGUUUAUUGACAAGCAAGCACUGGCAUUGGAGAAUGUGGGGCCGGCCUGUGGCCAGUCGCAAUCACCACGACACACCAGUCAGCAGCAGCACAAGGAGCAGCGUCCAGCAUCCACGGGCAAACCGGUAGCGUACACUGCAGCGCAGGAGGCAUCAUGCUUACUAUGCUAUGCUGCCACCGGAGUCGACGAUCUACGAGUCUGCAGCGCCGCCUAGCGGAGCGCAGCCCUCGGCGCCAGGUGCCCGGCAUCCACAGCUCAUCAACACGCAGUUCGGCUAUGUAAUCGGGGGAAGCCUGCCUACACAAGUCUGCAAUAAGGUAGCAGUUUUUAAAUGCACAUGUGAGUCAGAUAUUAAUGAAAAUUUAACGAAUUUUUGGAAGAGUGAGUCCGUUCCAGAAAUUUAUAAUGAAAAGUCUUCAGAGCAAGAGCUCUGCGAGUAUGUAUUUCAAAAGACUGUUCAGUUGAAGGAUGAUUGUUUUGAGGUUGCUUUGCCCUUGAAACUGCCAUUAGAAGAUGUAAACGAUGCUCUCGGAGAUUCAUUUCAUUUCGCGUUAAAAAGGUUUUUAAACCUCGAAAAGAAAUUGCACAAAGAUCCCAACCUUUUCAUAGAGUAUCAGAAGUUUAUACACGAUUACAUAAACUUAAAUCACGGGCACUUCGUAGACAUUGAGAGCUACCAGCUUAGUAAGGACGCAGUGUACUUUCUGCCGCAUCAUGCAGUACUCAAGCCUGACAGUAAGACCACUAAGUUGCGUACUGUUUUCGACGCCUCAAUGAAAACAAACAAGAAGGUAUCGCUUAACGAUUUACUGCUAAACGGACCGACCGUACAGAGAGAUCUUUUCGACAUACUGCUCUUGUUCCGUUUCGGUAACUAUACGUUCACUACGGACAUAAAACAAAUGUUCCGCAACAUCCGCGUAAUACCUGAGCAUACUUCCUUACAGAACAUUCUAUGGAGAGACAGCCCCGACGAGACCAUCAAGUGCAUUAGGCUGGAUCGAGUAAGCUACGGGCUGAAGAGCUCUAGUUAUCUAGCUACGCGGUGUUUGAAAGAACUUGCUAUGCAUAAUGAGCGCGAACUGCCCUUGGCUUCGUUCAUUUUAAACAACUGCACGUAUGUAGAUGAUGUACUGUUCUCAAAUAGUGAUUUAGACUUGAUAGUAGAAGCAAAAUCACAGCUUCAGCAGUUACUGAAAAAAGGCAGUUUCAAGUUACAUAAAUGGUCAGCAAAUGACAGUAGAAUAUUAGAAGAUAUUCCCUCAACUGAACGGCAUUUUGACGAGUUAGAAUUUCAAAAUGACAACUGUAGUAUAAAAACCUUAGGUUUACAGUUGAUUGUGCAUCAGGACAAGUUUAAGAUAGUAAGUCCAGAAUCAUGCGAUGCAGAUAAUAUUACGAAACGUGAAAUAUUGGCGUACAUAGGAAAAUUCUAUGACCCGAUGGGUUUUGUAGGACCUAUAGUUGUACAGGCUAAGUCUAUAAUGCAGAAAUUAUGGUCCAGCAAAUCAGACUGGGAUUCCACGCCUGACGAUAACAUUAAAU